UAUUUAUCCAUUUACCUACUAAAGAACAACUUGGUUAUUUCCGAGUUUUGACAAUUAUGAAUAAAAGAGUUAUAUUUUUCUGUGGACUGAAGUUUUCAAAGCUAGGGUGUGUAAGACACUGAACUGAACCCGGGCCAUGACAGCGAGAGCACUGAGUUCUAACCACUGGACCACAGGGAAUUCCCUGAAUAUGAUUCUUAAAAGAAGAAAUGGAUGAAAAAAUUAAAACCCUCCAAUUUCUAUUUCUUUUUCUAACCAUGGGCCCAAGCAGCUGUCAGACCAUCACCUACAGAACACCAUGGAAAUCAAAGGGUCUUCAUCCUCUCUGUGGAAGCAAGGACCAAGAACUGUGCACGUCUUUUCUCAAACACAUGUGCCCCAGUUUGCCAGAAUCAUUCAGAAUGUUUCCCGGGAGUUUAUAUUUCAUGAUUUUACUCAUUUUUCAAAUUAAAGAAGAGGUCAUCCUUGGAGUAGAGGGUCAAGAACUGGUUCAUCCUAAAAGGCUUCCUCUGAUGCAGAAGCGAGAUGUUUGGCACAUCCAUGAGGAUGACAUACAGGAAGCUUUUGAAGAAGAAUUGUUGUAUCAACUAAACCUAAAUAGAAAAAUAUUAAUAAUGCACCUUGUAAAAUCAAGGGGGCUUUUAGCCUUAAAUUACAGUGAGACGUACUACUCCACAAAAGGAGAGGAAAUCACCACACAUCCUCAGAUCACGGAUCACUGUUUUUACCAAGGAUCUAUCUUACAUGAGUUUGAUUCUGCUGUCAGCAUCAGCACGUGUCAUGGUCUGAGGGGGUUCUUCAGGGUGAGAGAUCAAAGAUACCUCAUUGAACCAGUGAAAUAUUCAGAUGAGGGAGAACAUUUGGUGUUCAGAUAUGACCCCCUGAUGCAGCAGCCUGUAAAUUAUUCUUGUACAGAGCUCAACUUUACCAGGACAGCUGUUCCAAAGGAUAAUACUAAAUCCCUGGAAGAUUCCAAAAUGGAAAGCAAGGAAAAAGAAAAGCAUAUUGAACUGUUCAUUGUUGCCGAUGAUAACAUGUAUCGCAGGAAUAGUCAACCUCACAGUAGACUGAGGAACCGAGUUUGGGGAAUGGUCAAUUUUGUUAACAUGAUUUAUAAAACCUUGAACAUUCAUGUGGCAUUAGUUGGCCUUGAAAUAUGGACAAAUGGAGACAAAAUAGAAGUAGAUUCAAACAUAGAAACUACCUUAUUGCGUUUUUCAGCUUGGCAAGAAAUAAUCCUUAAAAAAAGGAAACAUUUUGAUCACAGUAUGUUACUCAGUGGAAAGUGGCUCUACGCACAAGCGCAUGGAACUUCCUAUCCAGGGGGGAUGUGCCUGCCCUAUUAUUCCUCAAGUGUUGUUAAGGAUCUUUUACCUGACCUCAAUGCAAUUGCGAGCAGAAUGGCACACCAGUUGGGGCAUAACCUUGGGAUGAGUCAUGAUGAUUACCCAUGUACCUGUGCUUUGGAAAAAUGUGUGAUGAACAGUGGUGGAAGCAUUCCUGCACUGAAAUUCAGUGAAUGCAGCAAAGCCCAGUACCAGCAAUUUCUCAAGGAUUACCAGCUGACAUGCAUGUUCAAUGUUCCAUUUUCUGACAAGCUAUCUGAUUACCCAUAUUGUGGAAACAACAGGUUGGAUGAUGGAGAGGAGUGUGAUUGUGGCCUUGUUCAGGACUGCAGUAAUCCUUGCUGUGACGCACGCAAAUGCAUGUUGAAGCCAGGCUUUACUUGUGCUGAAGGAGAAUGCUGUGAAUCUUGCCAGAUAAAAGAAGCAGGGUCUAUAUGCAGACCAGCAAAAACUGAAUGUGAUUUUCCUGAGAGGUGCACUGGCCACUCUUCGGGGUGUCCUAAGGACCAAUUCCAAGUAAAUGGAUUUCCUUGCAAGAACACAAAAGGCUACUGCUUCAUGGGGAGCUGUCCCACCCGGGAUGAUCAGUGCUCUGAAUUGUUUGAUCAUGAAGCGAAAGCCAGUUCUGAUAUUUGCUACAAGAUGAAUACAAUUGGAAAUAAAUUUGGAUACUGCAAAAACAAGGGACGCAUAUUAAUUCCUUGUGAAGAAAAAGAUAUCAAAUGCGGAAAGAUAUUUUGCACAGGUGGGCAUCACUCUUUUGUCCUUGGAGAAGAGAAGAUCUACCACCUUAAAAAGCAUCUGAAACAGAAUACCAGUGAAUGCAAAACCUUCUAUUUGUACCAUGAGUCUAAGGAUUUUGGCCUGGUUGCACCUGGCACAAAAUGUGGCGAUGGAAUGGUGUGCAGCAGUGGUGAAUGUGUGACUAUUGAAAAGGCCUACAAUUCAACUGAUUGCUCUGCUCAGUGCAAUGAAAAUUCUGUGGAUGAUGGUGACCUUGAGUGUCAGUGCGAGGGAAUUCAGGCAUCUGCGGAAUGGGAGGAAACCUUAAAUGUUACCAAUAUCUCCAUCCUGGUGGUUGUGCUUGUCCUGGUUAUUUUUGGUGUUGUGGUUGUCAUAUUACUAACUCGUUACAAAAAAUGUAUUACACUGAAGCAAGUUCAAAGCCCACCUCGAGAAAGCCUAGGAGUGGAGAAUAAAGGAUACUUUGGUGAUGAGCAGCAGACAAGGAAUGAGCCCAUCUUACCUGAUAUUCAUCCUCUACAUCGAAGAACCACAGAGCCCUUGGAGAGACUUCCAACCAGCAUCUCCAGUCCGCACUACAUCACUUUGAAAUCUGCAAAUAAAGAGCACAGAGGAAUGGCAGAUCCCAAUUCAAGCGCCAAAAUGAUAAUUCAGCAGUGCUCAUUUAGUCCAAGAGUUUUCAACCUUACCAAAGGAGCAAGCUAGAAUUUAACAGUGUCAAAGUCUGAAUACAUUUUGGAAAUAAUAGCAAAAACAAAAUAAAGAUGGGACAGUACUGGUAAUCAUAGAAAAUGGACUUCCCCUGGUGGUUCAGUGGUAAAGAAUCUGCCUGCCAAUACAGGAGAUGAGAGUUUGAUCCCUGGUUCAGGAAGAUCCCCUGGAGGAGGAAAUGCAACCCGCUCCAGUAUUCUUGCCUGGGAAAUCCCAUGGACAGAGGAGCCUGGCAGACUACAGUCCAUGGGGUCGCAAAGAGUCCACCAUG